CCUCAACAUGUCAAUGUGUGUUUCCCAGAGCGAUUUCCAUCCCCAUUUCACUUCUACCCACAGCAACAAAAUAGAUGCUAUGUGUCAGCACAGUGGACUUGUUUGAAUCUAAAAGAGAAGCAGACAAAAGCAGGUUUCUGUUUGAGUCACCUGCCUGCAUCUAAAAGGAGAGAACUGUUCUGUCUGUCUCUCUUUCUCUUCCCUCUCCUCUCCCUCAUCUUCUCUCUGCCUCUCUCCCUCCCUCACUGCAUUUUUCCCAGACUGAGGCUUCCAUGGACCCUCUGGCUCCGCCGCUUUCGUCAGUGACUUGGAGCGCUCUGAGAACUUUGUGAACUCUCCGUGUCGGGACUGGGAAGGGAGAGGAAGGGGAGCAGUUGAUGGGACGCAGCCCGGCAGCAGCGGCAGGCUCCUCUGGAGACGGCAUCAGGACUCUCAGCUGGAGAUAAUCCCCCUCGGGUCAUGACAAGACGGUGCCUCAGCCUCUUAACCCCCCUGGCUCUGCUGGGACUCCUCCUGGGGCUCGCAGACCUCAGCCCCGACGCUGCUGGCGAGGAUGAGGAUUAUUACAUGCAGGAGCUGUUGACAAGGGAGCAGUACAACCAGGUCCAAAUGCUGGAGAAGCCUGUGGCCUCAGUACCUGACAGGCACGAGAACCCAGGCCGCAACCCUGGCAAGAAGGUGCCCAAGGGAAAGGAUCCAACCACAGCUGAUGCAAAACCAGCGAACAACAAGAAAGCGGAGAAGAACAAGAAGAGCAACCUGAACGCCGCAAACAGCUUCUCAGAGGGAGGACAAUACAACUCCAUAAAAGAGGAAUGCCCUCCUAUGGGACUGGAGACGCUGAAGAUUGAUGAUUUCCAGCUUCACGCUUCAAGCACGAAACGCUACGGCCUUGGUGCACACAGAGGUCGCCUUAACAUUCAGGCAGGCAUUUAUGAUGAUGACCUCUAUGCUGGGGCCUGGUGCGCGGGCAGAGACGACCCGCUGCAGUGGUUCGAGGUGGACGCCAGGAGGCUGACCAAGUUCACAGGGGUCAUCACACAAGGCAGGAGCUCCCUCUGGUCGAGUGACUGGGUGACCUCGUACAAAGUCAUGGUGAGCAACGACAGUCACAGCUGGGUAACACUGAAGAACGGCUCCGACGACAUGAUUUUCAGCGCCAACCGGGAAAAGGAGAUCCCCGUGCGGAACAUCUUCCAGGCGCCGGUGGUCGCCCGAUACAUCCGAGUCAACCCUCUCUCCUGGUUCAACAACGGCAACAUCUGCAUGAGAGUGGAGAUCCUUGGCUGUCCUAUGCCAGAUCCAAACAAUUACUACCACAGACGCAAUGAAGUCAUAACAUCGGACGACUUGGACUUCAGACACCACAGCUACAAAGAGAUGAGGCAGAUGAUGAAGGUGGUAAACGAGAUGUGCCCCAACGUCACCCGGAUCUACAACAUAGGAAAGAGCCAAAAUGGCCUCAAGCUUUACGCCAUAGAGAUUUCUGACAACCCUGGAGAGCAUGAAGUUGGUGAACCGGAGUUUCGGUACACAGCCGGUUCCCAUGGUAACGAGGUGCUGGGCCGAGAGCUGCUCCUCCUGCUGAUGCAGUUCAUGUGCCUGGAGUAUUUGUCUGGCAACCAGCGGAUCCGUCACCUGGUGGAGGAGACCAGAAUCCAUCUAUUACCAUCUGUCAACCCCGAUGGGUACGAGAAAGCCUUUGAAGCGGGCUCUGAGCUCAGUGGCUGGUCUCUGGGUCGAUGGAGCUCUGACGGAAUAGACAUUCACCAUAACUUCCCCGACCUCAACUCCAUACUGUGGGAGGCCGAGGCCAAGAAAUGGAUCCCUCGCAAAAUGUUCAACCACCACGUGCCAACCCCCGACUGGUACCAGUCCUCAAAUGCCUCGGUUGCCAUGGAGACGCGGGCUCUGAUAGCGUGGAUGGAGAAGAUGCCCUUUGUGCUGGGCAGCAACCUUCAGGGAGGGGAGCUGGUGGUGACCUUCCCCUACGACAAAACCCGCUCCCCGGGGGUGACCAGGGAGCAGACCGCCACCCCGGAUGACCACGUGUUCCGCUGGCUGGCCUUCUCCUACGCGUCCACCCACCGCCUGAUGACUGAUGCCAACCGACGGGUCUGCCACAUGGAAGACUUUGCCAAGGAGGACGGCACCAUCAACGGAGCGUCCUGGCACACUGCGGCUGGCAGUAUGAAUGACUUCAGCUACUUGCACACUAACUGCUUCGAGUUGUCGAUGUACGUGGGUUGUGACAAAUUCCCUCAUGAGAGCGAACUGCCUGAGGAGUGGGAGAACAACCGCGAGUCUCUUCUCGUCUUCAUGGAGCAGGUGCAUCGUGGGGUCAAAGGUGUCGUGAGGGACCUGCAAGGUCGUCCAAUAGCUAAUGCUACCAUCUCUGUGGAGGGCAUCAGCCACGAUAUCCGCACAGCUGCCGACGGUGACUACUGGCGCUUGCUGAACCCCGGCGAGUACAGAGUAUCAGCCAGGGCGGUGGGCUACAGCCUCCUCAGCAAGAAGUGCGAGGUGGGCUACGAGAUGGGCGCCACCAGGUGCGACUUCACCCUCGGGCGCACCAACCUUUCACGAAUCAAAGAAAUAAUGGAGAAGUUCAACAAGCAGCCCAUCAGAGUGCCCAUAAGGCAGCCUCAAGCUUACAGGUCCAGGGCGAGACGUUUGGGAACAUAAAGACUGAACGUGGAAACCAGAGGAAGAAUUCAAAACAAAUACCAGUUCUGAUCAGACCGGGGCUUGGACCUCUGUCAGAUCCCUCCAUAGUGCUGACAGCACUAUGGAGGGAUGCUUUUUGGUUUUGUACCCAGGAGUAAGCUCAUGUGGUCACGUCAACUUUUCUUGAUAUCCACUGUAAAGGUAAAGGUAUUUCAUUCUUUCAAAUUUAUUCAAUCCCCUUUUCUCAAUCUGUGAUAAAUAUUGAUAAUUACUUGUGGCGUCAACUAUAAAUAAAUAAAUAUUGAUUAUAUAUAGUGAUUUCAUCAAUUUAUUUUUCUACAUAAAAUAAAAUUGAACUACAAUUUGAUCAUGACUUCUGUACAUAUAUUAACUUAUGUAACACAGCUAUGUAAACCAUUACUUUUAAGCUUUAUUACCUGCACUUGAAUGAAGCUUGUGGACUCAGUGACCUUUUGUGUGUCACUGAUUUUAUUUUAAAUAAACUAUGGUUUUGGCAAGUUAUUAAAUAAAGAACUUUUUUGCACAGAUUGAACGUCUGUGGCUGCUCAUGUGUACAGUGCGGAUUUGACUCAUGAACGCUGGAAGAUUUUGGGCCUCGACCCAAUCCCCUCUCCAAGCUCUGCAGGCAGUUUGCAUGGCUUGGUUUUUGCUUUGCAUUGUCAGUUAGUAGAAGUAACUUCUAAAAUGUAUUUCACUACAGAUUACACAUACACUUAAAUGUUAUUUGUAAUAUAUUCCAUUAGAUUAGUCAAAAGGGGGUAAGAUAUUUUAAAAUACAGUUGAUAACUUCAAUAUUAAGUUAUUAAUUAUUGCAUGUAACACUGUGAAUUGUCGGAGUUAGGGUUGUGAUUUGCAGGAGGACCCAAAAAUGCAGGAGUAAAGAAAAAUAACUAAACGUGUCCUUUAAUAAAGAUAAAGGGUAUUUACAAAAACAAAGUCUAAAAAUGCACUAACAGAAAAGCACUGGAAACCAAAAAACGCUGGCAAAAGGCAAAACUGAAAAAAACAUGGAAAACACUAGGAUACAAGAAGACACUGGGAACAUGAAGAAGACACAGGAAAAGAGACAGCUGCCGACAAAGAGACCAAGACAAAGAGAAUCACAGACACUUAUAUACUCAGGGGAGGCGGGAUAAUUGGACACAGGUGAAACACAUGAGGAACACGUGCAGACAAUCACAGGGCCGGGAAACAGCACUAAGACAGGAAGUCAAGUUAGAAAUACACAAGGAGCAAAACUUCAAAAUAAAACAGGAAACACAGCUGUCCUCAUCUGCUUAGCAAGCUGUAGCUACUACAUAGCUAUUUAAAAGUGAACAUUCAACUAUACAUCAACUGGUUUUAUAUUUGGUGAAUAAUGCAGACUUUUCUAAAUACGUAACUAGCGCUAUAUACAGACAAAUAUCUGCUUAUUGUCCAAUCAAAUGAAUGUACCACAGGUGGACUGUAGCCCAAUCGAUGUGCGGAAAAGGGGAAAUGGGAGGAGCUUAUUUUCAAGUGCCAUUGCAAAAGUUCUGAAUGUUUAUGUCAAUGUCAUAUUCCAGUUUUUCCUUUUUAAUAAAUCUGCAAAAUAAAAUCUAAAA